CGCGCCACCUGCCUGACCCCCACCCUCCCCAACAUUUCCAGCACAAACCACACGGCGGUAAAGAGUUCAAACCACAAAAAAAACCCAAAUAUGUUCUUAUUAAAAUGUUAAUAAAUGGGUAUUAAUUCCCAUCACUGGUCGCCAUGGAAACGACAACAGACCUGUUGCCAUCGCAACCAGCACACCCCCGGGUAACCAUAGCAACCAGCACCGUAAAAAAAGAAAAGAUAAUCCCCACCUAUUACGGUUUUGAAAAGUUUCACCCCCAAUUUUUACAAUGUUUCGCGAACCGGCGUGCAUUUUUAAUCGUGUUUUGCAUCACGUGCGUUUUGCAAGGGACUUUUCACACGUAUUUCGUCGCUGUCAUAACGACGCUCGAAAAAUUGUUCAACAUUCCGAGCAGGACCAUCGGGACCUUGAUGAUGGCGAGUGAAGUGGGGCAGGUGUGCAGCUCGCUCUUCCUCCCGUACUACGCGGGCCAAGGGCACCGUCCGCGCUGGAUGGGUUUCGGCUCUGCGCUCUUCGCCUUUGCGACGUUACUCUGCGCUUCACCCCAUUUUUUACUACCUUCGCAAGAUUUUACAAAGUUUACAAUGUCAGGAGGAGGGAAUGAGACUGUCGAGUUUUGCGCAACCUUGCAAAAUGAAACCAGUGACUGCGUUCCCAUGGAGACUGAUUUUGAUGAAAAGAAAUACUAUAUUUUUGGGAUCAUUUUUGCCAGUUUGCUAUCGAUUGGGUUCGGAAAUACUGCGAUUUUUACGCUCGGGAUUCCUUAUCUGGAUGAUAACGUUGCUAAUAGAGAUUCGCCGGUGUAUUUUUCAAUAACGAUCGGUGUUCGAAUCCUGGGCCCCGUCACGGGAUUUAUCUUAGGAUCGCUCUGCACCCGCCUGUACAUCCACCCCCUGAGUCCACCCCCCUUCCCCCCCACGGACCCCCGAUGGCUGGGGGCGUGGUGGUUGGGGAUGUUGCUAAUAUCCUUUUUACUCUUAGUAACAUCAUUUUUCAUGUGCAUGUUUCCACAACGACUCUCGAAUUCAACUGCCAUGGCAACGAAGCAGAAUCGGUCGCUAGGGAAUUUUCCCUCGGCGAUUAAACGGUUGCUAAGCAACAGGAUCCUGUUGCUAAGGACAUUUUCUUCGGUUUUUCACUUGUUGCCUAUCUCAGGGUUGUACACUUUUUUGCCCAAAUAUUUGGAGAGUCAGUUUAAAUUGGCGGCCUUUGAGGCGAAUAUCGUCACGGGGAUCGGGGGGAUUUUGGUCAUGGGCGUGGGGAUUUUUGGCAGUGGGGUUUGGAUCAGGAGGAGGGAGACAAGUGGGGUGAAGGUGGCCGUGUGGGUGGGGUUGUGCGCGGGGGUGUAUGCAGGGGGGAUUUUUUUACUGUCAGGGGUGGGGUGUGGUGUGGAUACGGUGGAAAUUGGGAGUUACGAUUUGGGGAAACCAUCGUGUUUGACGCCUUCGUGCACGACGUGUGCGAAUAAUUAUUCUCCCGUUUGUGGUUCGGAUAUGCAGACUUAUCUCAGCCCGUGCCAUGCUGGGUGUACGGGGGUGGAGACAGUGGGGAACGUUACCAUGUACACGGACUGCAGCUGUAUCCAGAACCACACCCACCACAUGGCCACGCCCUCCCCCUGCCCCUCCCCCUCGUGCCCCUACUUCCCCCUCUAUCUCGCCAUUUUCAUGACCAUCGUUCUCGUCCAUUCCACGAGCGAGGUGGGCUCCAUGCUGCUCACCCUCCGCUGCGUCGAGCCCAGGGACAAGGCCAUGGCGUUGGGGCUAAUCCAAUGUGCCAUCGGCCUGUUUGGGAACGUUCCCUGCCCGGUGAUUUAUGGGACCGUGGUUGACCAGGCCUGUGUGCUUUGGGGGGGCAGUGGGUGUGACAGCGGGGGUGGCCACUGCUGGGUCUACGAUGGGGAUAAAUUUAGGCUCUAUUUCCAUGGACUGACGGGCUCCAUAAUGCUGAUAGCCUUUCUAAUCGAUCUUAUCAUAAUUUCCAAAGCCAAAGAGAUUAAUUUUAACGACAACCAACCCGUUGCCAUGACAACCGAAGACGACGUUGCCAUGGAACCGCUAAAUAAAUGAUUUUAUUUUUUUUAUUUCUAGUGAGAAAAAGAAACCGGUGCUAUAAAAUAAAUAUUUUUAUUAACAAAAUGUU